GUCGUUGUUUGUUGGAAGGAAAGUUGAGGAAAGAUUGGGAAGCAAAUAAUCGGAAAUGAAAUGGGAGGAGGCGGAAGGCAGGGAGCAGAGGAAAAUGGGUGUUGGAAACGUUAGACGUAUGGGGAUUGUUUUAGGGAUUUGUAACGCACUGGUUUUCCUCCUUGGUUCCCUUCUCAUUUCCCACAAUUAUCGCCUCUGCGAUCUCCGUUCUCUUCUCCCUUUCGUUGCCGUUUCAUUCUCUGCCGUUGUAAGGAUUCUUGUUAUGCUUCAAACCGCUUCUGCUCAACAAUCUGCUGCAACUCUCAUUCUUCUAGAUGAUCACAACCACGAAGAUCACCUUCUUCUUCGCUUCCAAAGACGGGCGAGGUAUAAAAUAUGGCUUUGGUGGAGUCGAUGCACCGUCGCCCUCACUAUUAUUCAAUUUGUGUGUGCUGCUUACCUUAUCCUCAACUCUGUUUACUAUUUAUCCAAAGAUAACACCACACCAACUGCUUGUAUUUUAGAAUUAGGAUGGAACCCUCACUGGUGGAACCACAAGCUACUCUCUCUAUUCAUCAUCCUUCUCUCUUUCGUUGCUCUAGCUCAAUGCUUUACUGGAUCCGAUGUUCUCCGAUGGAGAUCUUUCUAUGAAUCCCACGACAAUGCUUGGAAAUCCCAUUACAGGGAAGUUUUUGAUAACGGCUUACGCGAGACCUUGUGCUGUCUCGGCCGCGUCAAAUACUUGACUGCAAUCCAACAAGAAGAAGAUGAAGUCUAUUCCGUUGCACGCUUAUUAGGCGAUCUUGUUGCUUAUCGUGCUUCUGGAACUGGCCAUAUGGAACUCUUGGCAGCUUUAGCUUUACUCCAAAGCAAUGAAAAAUCUUCAGAAUCUUGUCAAGUAUCCAUGGAAGCACCAGAGAUGCGAAUCAGGGAGGCUGCAGCUCUUCAUAAAUUUGCUGAAGCUGCAUACACUGGUCCGUUGCUUGAUGUUGGACGAAAUCCUCUCAUGUUUCCUUGUUCAUGGCUCUAUAGACAAGGGGUUCUGUCUCCUUGGGCACGCAAUAGACGACCUGUUUUGGAUGGUGAUAACUGGUGGCGAGGCCAUGCUGCAGCCUUUCUAAAGUAUGCCAAUUUGCCUCCGGAAGCGCUCAGACAUGGGAGAGUAAACCAGGUCAAGUGUGAAGCUGCAUAUUUUAUUGUGGUUCUACAUCAUCUACAAACUGUAGUAAUUGCUAUACGUGGAACUGAAACCCCUGAGGACCUAAUAACCGAUGGAUUAUGCAAGGAAUGCACCCUUUCUGCAGAAGACUUGGCUGGUUUGAUAAACUGCAACCACAUUCAUUCUGAUAUACACAAAAAUGUGGCUUCAUCAUUCCCCCACUAUGGACAUUCGGGUAUAGUCGAGGCUGCACGAGAGCUUUAUAUGCAGAUUGAAGGAAACCCUGGAGAGCAUGACACUGAAUCCUAUGGGCUUCUUUCUAAAUUACUGGGAUUUGGAUGUGAAUGCUUUGGAUAUAAUGUCCGCAUCGUUGGACAUUCACUUGGGGGGGCUAUAGCUGCAUUGCUUGGACUGCAACUUUAUAACCGAUACCCUAAUCUGCACGUUUACUCAUAUGGGCCACUCCCAUGUGUGGAUUUAGUUGUGGCUAAUGCAUGCUCAUCAUUUAUAACAAGCAUUAUAUAUGGAAAUGAGUUUUCAUCCCGCCUUUCAUUUGGAUCCAUUAUGAGGCUAAGGGCAGCUGCAAUCACAUUACUGGCACAAGAUCCUAAAGCUGACAGUGCCAUGAUUUUCAGACUUGCUCGCCGGUUUCUAUAUAUAAGCCAAUAUGAAAGAAAUAAUCAAGAGGCAGAGCAUGAAGCACAGUGUGACAUUGAUAAUAAAGGCAGCAACAUACAAGUGGUUCAAGAAGCUUCACUCUUGACUGAGGCAAUUAAAAGGGAUCUUCUUGUUACAGCUGACCAUGGCAACAAUGACCAUGAUGACUUUUCACUCUGGGCUGAUACCAGGGCAAGGGACCAUAUUGUUGAAAUUAAUAAUGCCGAAUUUACAAAUCCUUUUGCUACAAAUGUACAUUCAAUAGAUGAUCCGGUGUCUCAGUUUAUAGAUUCUGUUCCAACUUCUGAAAAUCAGUCUGCUGAUGAUCCCCCUGAGAUGUAUCUGCCAGGAUUUGUAAUUCAUAUUGUCCCAGACCAGAAAAGACCUCAAACUGAUUUUAAGAUAUCUUGGAGAACACAGGAGAGGGGGAAAUGUUAUAGAGCUUAUGUAGCAAAUAGAGAAAGCUUCAAAGAUAUUAUUGUCUCACCAUCCAUGUUCCUUGAUCAUCUCCCUUGGAGAUGUCAUAAUGCCUUGAAAAAAAUAUUGAAAGAUCUAACUGCUAAAGAUCAAGUAAUGGAACACAACUUAAUCUGAUUGAUUUGGUCAACAUUAUGCUUACUCUGUUGAAUGUGACAUGAAGCGGAUUGGAUUUUUUCCUAAGGAUUCUAUGUAUUGUGAUUCUUAUGGGUGAGAUCAAGAUGUAUAGCAAGGAACAGGCCUUCCGAGUUUUGACAUAUCCGCUCUCCUACGAGUAGAUAAUCAUUUAAGAAAAGUAUAUAUGUUUUUGUUCAUAAUAUAUUAUGUAAAAUAUAUCAUGUUAUGUUGAUCUAUAGAUGUUCCUAAAUUUUUCUCGUAUUGUAAAUUAUCUUACUCUUCUAGGCGGGUCUUUAAAAGUAA